AUGUCGAUAAAGCUGGCAGAUCACCACUACUUUACCAGAUCAAAAGGUCCCGCAGAUUCCUUCCCUGUUCCAAGCGCAAAUACAGACAUGGGCGACAACAAUGAACAAGUCAGCCUCACAGACGUCGUGGUGGCUCAGCCCACCGCAGCAGAGCAGAAUGAGCUUAUUGCGCAGCUAAUGCAGCAAAUAGCUGACAUGAAGGUAGAGAUGCAACGGAGGCAAGACACUCCUCCUCCCGAGUUCGGCCCCAACUUUCUCGACAUGAGACCUCCUACAUACUUUCCUUCGUCCAACUCGGAUCCUACUCAGCACCGUCCAUCGACACCCGUGCACAACCCCUCCAGAAUAGAUGCGACAGCCCAAAACCCCCCAAUACGCGUCAGUCUCCUAUCAAAUCCCCUCACCACUCCCAGACAAUCCUCCACAAAUACCACCGCACCCCAAAGCAUUCCAACAGCCCCAUUACCCCAAAAUCAAACCCAAAAUCCCACCGCCUUCAAUUCUCAAACACCGUAUCCCCACUUUAACCAAAAUACCAAUCCCCAAAAUUUUCUGCAAAAUUAUCAAACCGCACAGAACGUCCCAAGCCCUUCCAUAGCUCCACCCCUCCCCAAAAGAACCACUUUUCAAGUCGCUGUCCCAGUCGAGCAUGAGGUGCACGGCUCCGAGUUGGACCACUAUGAGGAGCAAGAAAGAGAGUGGAGGUCGAGGGAAGAAGCAAAGGUAGACAUAAAGGAGGAGAUCAGGAGGGCAAUGAGGGAAUUGCAAUGUACUCCAGACGUCGCCGGGUUAAGCUACACAGAACUAUGCAUCCAUCCAGACUUGAACCUGCCUGAAGGGUUCAAGAUCCCGAAGUUUGAUACCUUCUGCGGGGUGGGCAACCCCAUGGCACACCUGAGAGCAUACUGUGACCAACUCGUGGGAGUUGGUAAAGAUGAAGCCUUGCUGAUGAGGUUAUUCAGCCGAAGCCUAUGUGGUGAGGCCCUGGAGUGGUUCACGUCACAUGAAACUCGACAGUGGCCCAGUUGGAGCGCACUGGCUAAGGAUUUCAUCGACAGAUUUGCAUACAACGUCGAGAUAGUCCCUGAUCGGUACUCCUUGGAGAAGAUGAAGCAGAAGCCCACAGAAAGCUAUCAAGAGUUCGCGUACAGGUGGAGGAAAGAGGCAGCGAGGGUGAGGCCUCCGAUGACAGAGAAAGAGAUUGUAGAGGUGUUCGUGCGGGUGCAGGAGCCCGAUUAUUAUGACAGAGUCAUCUUAUUAAUCGGCGCCAAGUUCACCGAGAUAGUCAAAGUAGGUGAGACUAUCGAAGAUGGCCUGAAGUCGGGAAAAAUAGCCCGAGUGUCUGCAUCGCCUGGGUCUUCCGGAAUGAUAAGGAAGAAAAGAGAGGAGGUUAACGCUAUCUCACACGGGGGAAGAAAGGCCCCCAGAAACUCACCACGUCCCCAAGGCCGCUCCUACCCUCCAUCAAAGCCUCAUCAAGCCUACCGUCCAAACUCAAAUCAUUCCAGCCACUACAAUGCCGGCCCCACUUAUCCAGAAGCCCAUAUUGUGUCGUAUCAGGAUCCACCCCCGAUUCCCCAAAAUUUUCCAAACUACCCCCAAACCUAUCAAGUCCCUCCCCACUACCAGAAUGUCGCUCCCAGCUGCGCUAAUGUACAGCCAAGCUAUCAAGCGCCGUUCCCCGCAUAUCAAAUACAAAUCCCAGCAUAUCAAAACCCCCAUCCAAAUUACCAAUCCCCAAUGCCAAACUACCAAAUAAAUCCCCAUCCCAGAGCCCAAGCUCCACGACCAAAUGCCCGCAAUUACCAACAAGUCCCUCCCCCUCAGCAAAGCGGUUAUGAUCCUCCCCGUCCGAGAUUUGAAAAAAGGCCUUCAAGGAAAUUUACCGCACUUGCUGAAAGCCGGACCAAACUAUUUGAGAGGCUAGUCGCAGAUGGAUACAUCCACCCUGUGGGGCCCAAACCCGUGGAUGUCAACUCAAAGUUCUACAGGCCAGAUCAAAGGUGUGCUUAUCAUUCCAACAGUGUUGGACAUGACACAGAAGAUUGCAUCAACCUUAAGCACAAAAUCCAAGACCUGAUCGAUCAGGAGGUAGUUUCUCUUCAACCGGCGGCGCCAAGCGUCAACACGAAUCCGUUGCCAAAUCAUGGGGGUGGAAAUAUCAACAUGAUAGAAACCGACGAAGACGAGUGUGAAGCCAAGAGAAUUACUCCUGUUGUUCAGGAAGACUUGGAAAGGGCUGUCGCUUCUUUAAGCGUCAAGGAAAGGAGGGAGUUUGUUAUUCUGACACCUGCAAAGGUUGUUGCCUUGGUGCCCUCAAAGACUCUCCCCAAACCCAAGUUUGUGAUAGAAACGGCCGUGGCUCAAGGCGUGACUAGGUCCGGAAGGUGCUACACUCCUGAUGAGCUUGCUCUCGGAGGACAGAAGGAAUAUUCCAUCGUCAAACAUUUAGAGAAGACUCCGGCUCAGAUAUCUAUGUGGGCCCUGCUGAUGAGCUCUCAGUCCCACAGGCAGGCCUUAAUGAAAGCUCUUGAUGAUACAUACGUGCCCUCAGGCACAAGCAGCGACAAUGUAGCUGCUAUGAUUCACCGAGUCAUUCAAGGACACCGCAUCAGCUUCUGCGAUGAUGAGUUGCCGUCCGAAGGGAUAGCCCACAACAAAGCUCUACACAUCACCGUGGUAUGCCGCAGAAAGAUCGUCAACCGUGUUUUGGUAGACGACGGAUCUGGCCUAAACAUAUGCCCCUUGUCUACGCUGAAGCAGCUGAGGUUUAACCUCAGAAAGUUGGAGAAAAACCAGGUCAAUGUGAGAGCAUUCGAUGGUGUGCAGAGAGAGACGUUAGGAGCGGUGAAUUUGACCAUCCAAAUGGGCCUCACAGAGUUCGAGGCAAAGUUCCAGGUGUUGGAUAUCGACACCAGCUACAACCUUCUUUUGGGCAGGCCAUUCAUUCACACGGCUGGAGCCUUCCCCUCCACUCUCCACCAAAUGAUGAAACUGGUGAGGAAGAAUGAAGAACAUGUCAUUCAGGGUGAAAAGGGCCACUCAGGCAAGCAGAUGCCGGUCUUGGACGAGACGCCACAAAGCUCAGAUUUUUACACGGUGGAGUUGGUAAAUGCCACUGAUGAGGGCUUGGCCUCACAGACUCCCAUGCCGUCCGUGUACAGAAUGAUCGCCACGGUGAUGCUGCAGAGCGGAUUCGAACCAGGUUUCGGAUUAGGAAGGAAUGCACAAGGGAUCAUCGAGCCAAUUCCGGUCCUUGCUACAGGAUCAAAGUAUGGUUUGGGGUACAUCCCCACAAAUGAUGAUUUGAAGAUGAAGAGGAGAAAGGAUCAAGGGCUGACUAAGCCGAUCCCACAUCUCCAUCACUCCUUUCCAGUCCAGGAGCGUGCCGAGCUUGCAGACGAUGGGGAAGGAAUCUGUGACCUGUUCAAGGAGAUCAACGCCGUCAUCAAGGAGGAGGCUGAGCCAGCAGGCAUUCGUGAUGCUGAACCAGGGGAGAUGCUGCAAAAUUGGACGUCCACGCCGAUCCUGAUGCCCCGAACUCUGUGGUAG